ACCAUACGGUAGUAAAAUCCAUUUAUUAUGGCGCCAUGUCGCUUCCACUUCUUCUCUCCUCUUUCUCCUCUCAUUCAUUCUUCUCUGUCGUACGACUUUCGCAACAGCGCAGCAUUAUGAAAUUGAAACCCCAUUUGUCACUACAAACAAAUCCUCAACCUCCCCAAAAAAGUUCUUGAAAAAAUCCCAGGUUCUUGUUUUUUCCUUUGUUCUUAUUCUUUUGUAAUGGCUGGUGGUUGGGUCAAAUCAUUGCAAUGCAAAUCCAAAGCUUUUGAAGAUGUUUACAAUCCAAACACGAAAAACAGAAUACACAACACAAGCUGUAAAAUGAGUGUUCAGAACAUCAAAGAUGUUGUUGUUGAAACAACAAAACACAAACCCAAACCAAAACCAAAACCCAAAAAACCGCUUCAAAAACAUCAUAGUUCAAGAUAUCCAACUUCCUCCACCAAACCCGAUUUCGAAUCCGAAUCCACCAUGAACCGUUCACGUAGCACAAACGCAACCACAGCCACAACCACCAGCCGUCACCAACCGGCGCCGGACCCACGUUUCUCUUCUCUCACAGAGCUUACAGAAGGUCAUCCUUCACGCAACGUGGUGGAGAUAAUCUUCCACACUAGCUGGGGGCCGAAACCGUUUUCGGGUCGGGUUGAAAUGAUUUUCAAGGUUCACAACGGUUCGCGAACGGUUUCACGGUUCGAGGAGUAUCGUGAAUCGGUGAAAGCCCGGUCCGGUUCCGGUUCAGUUAACUCGGAUUCAGAGGAUAAUCAUGAGGAGAAUGCGCGGUGUGUUGCGGAUGGGAACGAAGUGAUGAGGUUUCAUUGUUUGGGUCCCACUUCUGGCGGUGGUCCCUACGGUGGAGCUAGUGUGGGGCUGUUUCCAGGUGGGAAAGGUACGGCGAUCUGCACAUUUUCCGGCAGCAGUGGGGCGCAUGAGAGCUCUGGUUGUGGUAGGGGAAGAAGGGCGAUGUUGGUUUGUCGGGUCAUAGCGGGUCGGGUUUCGAAGCAAGCCGGGUUUAUGGAUUCGUUGUUGGAUGGGCGAGUUGGGUUUGACUCGGUGAGUGGGGACAACGGCGAGUUAUUAGUUUUUGACUCGCGUGCUGUGUUACCUUGUUUUCUUAUCAUUUAUAAAUUGUAAAAAAAAUUAUUUACCGUUCUUAUUUUUGAAUUUUAAUAUUUGAUUUUAGUAGUUUUAGUUUUUUUUAGGAAAAUACUUUUUCCUGAUUUAUUUUUGUUUGGGAUGUGUUUAUGAAUGCUGUUGAUUGUUAAGUUGAGGUGUUUCAAAACAGCUUUUUUUUCCCUUGCAUUUGUUAAUCAAACCAUUAUUAUUUUUUUUAUUUUAAUUUGGUUUUAACACUUUCCAGCUUCUUUUCACCCAUGCUU